AUGGCUGGCAAGUUCGAGCCCAAGGUUCCUGUCCAGCUGGACCCUCCCAAGGACGACCCUAUCUCACUCGAGGCUCUAGCCCAAGCAAACGGCAAGGACAAUGGGAAAUGUUAUGUUGCUAUCAAGGGCAUCGUAUACGACGUAACAGGCAACAAAGCCUACCAGCCAGGCGGCGCAUAUCACGUCUUCGCCGGCAAGGACGCCUCCCGCGCCCUGGCCAAGACAUCCACCAAGCCUGAGGACGUGAGCCCCGAGUGGCAGGACCUGCCGGACAAGGAAAAGUCGACGCUCAAUGACUGGGUGACCUUCUUUUCGAAGCGGUAUAAUGUCGUCGGGCGGGUCGAGGGCGCGACGAACUUCGAGAGUUGA